CGCCGGGUAAACGGUUAAAGUUUGUGCCGGUUUUGCUCACCACAACCUUCAUCUUCAGCAGUGUUCAUAACAAGGGAAUCAGAGAGAAGAGAUAACCAGAGGAAGAAGAAAAGAUGGAAGAAGGCGUGAGUUAUAAUGAAUACGGCGCGUUGAUUACGACGUCGGGCAGCUCGAAUGCGAAUAUUCCACCCUACGGACAGAGACAAGGAUGGCGACCCAAGACUGCUGAUGAUUACGGCGAUGGAGGAGCAUAUCCCGAAAUCAAGAUGGUGCAGUACCCGCUCGACAUGGGCCGCAAGAAACAAGGCACCUCGAACGCGCUCGCGAUCCAGGUCGAUGCACAAGGCAAGAUCAAGUACGAUGCGAUCGCGCGGCAAGGCCAGGCCUCAGGCCGGAUCGUGCACACCUCGUUCUCUGACCUGAUUCCGCUUCGGCAGCGCGCGAAUAUCGGGGAGCUCAACCUCGCGCGGCCGUCGGAGGAGGAAGUGGCGCUGACGACGGCGAAGACAAAGGCUGCGUUUGAGAGUAUUUUGAACGGCAAGGCCGAGGCGGCGAAUGCGAAGAGUAUCGCGAAUAGUAAGCGCAACGAGCCUACGUUUAUCAGAUACACGCCGAGUAGUAUGAUGGGCGAGAAAGCAGGCACAGAGCACGGGCAGCGGAUUAUAAAGAUGGUCGAUCUUCCUGAAGAUCCGAUGGCGCCGCCCAAGUUCAGACAUACGAAGGUACCGCGAGGCCCGCCGUCGCCGCCGGCACCGCUUCUGCGCUCGCCGCCGCGGAAGUUGACGGUGAAGGACCAGGAGGAUUUCUCGAUUCCGCCGAGCGUGUCAAAGUGGAAGAAUCCAAAGGGCUACACGAUCGCGCUGGACAAGCGGUUGGCGGCCGACGGACGAGGGUUGCAGGACGUGGAGAUUAACGACAACUUUGCAAAGUUGUCGGAAGCGCUGUCGGCGGCGGACCGGCACGCGCGCGAGGAGGUGAAGCAGCGGGCGUUGCUGCAGCAGCGGCUGGCGGACGAGGAGAAGGAGAGGAAGGAGGAGCAUUUGCGGGAGUUGGCGAGGAAGAUCAGGGAGGAGAGGGAGGGUGGACAGAGGAGGAGAGAGGAGCCAGAGCGGGGGAGGACUAUGGCGCGAGGGCGGUCUGUCUCGCGGACGCCGUCGGGGUCGGUGUCGUCGUACUCGAGUUAUUCGGGGUCGGGGUCGUAUUCGGGGUCGAGGUCGAGGUCUAGGUCAUAUUCGAGAAGUCCGGUUAGGAGAGGGAGGGAGGCGUCGAGAUCAAGAUCAAGAUCAUACUCGAGGUCGGUAUCAAGAUCACUGUCGAGACCACUGUCGCGGUCGAGGUCGAGGUCCUACUCGAGGUCAGUAUCAAGGUCUCUCUCCAGAUCAGUGUCCAGAUCAGUGUCAAGAUCCCCCUCCCGGUCUCUCUCUCCACCUCCUCGAAGCAGCAAACGCUCUGCCCGUCCAGCAUCGCCCGGUCCCCCUACUAAACAGCGCCGAGUGAAUUAGUGAAUUGAUGUUGAAUAGUAGAAUGUAUAACAGAAGUUACUUAAACGGGAAAUGAUAGAGUUUGCCGGGUAAGAUCGAACACGAGGAGGCUGCGGCUCUGCAAGCGAGCGAAGAU